AUGACUAAAGGGGAGAAAGAGAAAGCGGCGUCGAACGGCCCUCGCCACACCGUGCGACACCCUGCACCACGCGCCUUGCCGCUCCGCUACGACUCCCCGCUCCGCUACGACUCCCUGCACCGCGCUCCGCUACGACUCCCCGCACUGCGCACCGCUACAACUCCCCGCUCCGCUACGACUCCCUGCACCGCGCUCCGCUACGACUCCCCGCACUGCGCACCGCUACGACUCCCCGCACCGCUACGACUCCCCGCACCGCGCGCCGCUACGACUCCCCGCUCCGCUACGACUCCCUGCACCGCGCGCUUCUACGACUCUCCGCUCCGCUACGACUCCCCGCGCCGCUACGACUCCCCGCUCCGCUACGACUCCCUGCACCGCGCGCUUCUACGACUCUCCGCUCCGCUACGACUCCCCGCAGCACUACGACUCCCCGCACCGCGCAACUCGCCGCAACCCGCAAUUCCCCUCCCCGUGACUCCCCGCGUGACUCCCCGCGUGACUCGCCGCGCCGCGCCAUGA